AUGUCGGUUUAUGCGAAAUUUUUGAAGGACAUUGUCUCGAAGAAGAGAAGCAUGGGAAGAUUCGCCACGGUGGCAUUGACACAAGAAUACAACACUAUAAUUCCACCAAAGAUGCACAACCCAGGCAGUUUCACAAUACCCUGCUCAAUAGGAGGAAUCUAUAUUGGUCAAGCAUUAUGCGAUCUUGGGCUAACACCCACAACAGUGACUCUUCAACUCGCCGAUAGAUCCUUGGUGCACUCUGAAGGGAAAUUAAAGGAUGUCUUAUUAACAAUAGAUAGAUUCAUUCUACCUGCAAACUGCAUUAUCUUAGAUUAUGAGGCGGAUAAAGAUGUUCCAAUCAUAUUGGGACAACCAUUCUUGUCUAUUGAUCGUGCUCGAUGUGCACAAGGGAGAAAUCACAAUGAGCAUCAACGAAAAGAAGCUCAGGUUCAAUAUUAUCAAGGCAAUGAAGUUCCCAGAUGA